AUGAAAGCCUAUUUGAAGAGCGCAGAUGGCUUCUUUGUCCUAAACAAAAGCACCACAAUCGGCAAGCAUGCAGAUUCGGACCUCGUCCUACAGUCCCCAGACAUUGACAACCACCAUGCGCUCAUCGAAUUCAACGAGGAGGAGGGCAGCUUCGUCCUUCAGGACUUUAACUCCCGCAACGGCACGUUUGUCAACGAGUGCCACAUUCAGAACGUGGCAGUGAAGCUGAUCCCUGGGGACAUCCUGCGGUUUGGCUCUACAGGACUGACCUACGAGCUGGUCAUUGAGAACCCGCCCCAGGUCUCCUACCCAUGGGUGAUGGGCCCAGUACCUUGGCCAAGGCCACAGCCACCUCAGGCUACACAGCAUCCACACCAGCCAUCCUCGCCACCCCACAUGCACUUCCACCAGGGCAUCCGGCCAGCAACAGUGCAGAGAAGUUGGUCGCAGGGUUGCCCCAGGCCCACCAUGGUCCCCCCUGCCCCUUUCCAGCGGCCCAUGAGUGCCAGCGGGAAGAUGUUUUCCUUCGUGAUGGAUCCCAAGUCCCCUGUCAUCAAGCAAGUGUGGGCCAGCGCCAUGGAACUGUCAGAGCAAUGCGUGGUCGAGGGACUCUCCGGGACGAUACCUCCCACCGAGAUCUUCAUGGACCAGGACCUAAGCCAGCAAGACAAGGAUGAGAUCAUCCUGCUCCUGGGGAGAGAGGUCAACCGGCUCUCUGAUUUUGAAAUCGAGUCCAAAUACAAAGACGCGGUGAUAAUGAACCUACGGGGUGAGUUGGCCGACCUGAGUCAAAGGCUAUCAGAGACAGCCGCUGCCGCCGCUGCAGCCCAACAGAACGACAGGUGCACCCUGAAGUUCCAGGGCCUGGAUGAAGGUGACGAUCCCAGACAGAAGGAGAUUGAGAGCAUGAAAAGCCAGAUCAGCGCCCUUCAAAAAGGCUAUAGCCAGAUGCUGUGUCAGACCCUGGCCGAGCGCAACUCCGAAAUCGCAUCACUGAAGAAUGAAGGCGAGAACUUAAAGAGAGACCACACUAUCACAUCAGGGAUGGUGACAUCGUUACAGAAAGAUGUGUCAGCGCGGAAUGAGCAAGUUCAGCAGCUGAAGGAGGAAAUAAACCAACUGAAGAAUCAGAACAAGGAAAAGGAGCACCAGCUGGAAGCCCUGAGCUCCAGGUGUUCCGCGCUGAAAGAAGAGCUAAGGAAGGAGGAGGCCCAGAGGGAGAGCAGGGAGGCUCAGGAGAAAGAGCUGAAACUCUGCCGAAGCCAAAUGCAAGACAUGGAGAAAGAAGUGAAGAAGCUCCGAGAGGAGCUGAAGAAGAACUGUUCCAAUCAGAACACCAUCUCCAAGACGCUGCGAGAAAGAAGCAAGGUUGAAGAGAAGCUUCAGGAAGAUUCCAGAAGGAAAUUGCUUCAGCUGCAAGAAAUGGGGAACAGAGAGAGCCUCAUUAAAAUCAAUUUGGAAAGGGCAGUAGGCCAGCUAGAGCACUUCAGAAGCCAGGUCAUCAAAGCCACUUUCGGGAAAACAAAGCCAUUCCGUGACAAGCCCGUCACCGACCAGCAGCUGAUAGAGAGGAUCGUGCAGGUCACCGAGGACAACCUCAGCUUCCAGCAGAGGAAAUGGACCCUGCAGAAGGAGACUCAUCAGAGCAACUCCAAGCGGGAGGAGACCACGGAGAACAUUGAGAAGCUGAGGGCACGGCUGAACAGCUGCCAGGCUUGCAUGAGGGAAUCGUGCAGCAGCCGUGACCUGAAGAAGGAGGUGGGGCUCCUUCAGCACCUGCAGCUCAGCCCGCCCGUGGCAGGGCUUCAGAAGGCUGUCCUGGACAUUCUGCGAGUGGCCCUGUCCUGGCUGGAGGAAACAGAGCAGCUGCUUAGGGACCUCAGCAUCGAGAUGUCAGGUUCCGACAAAGGGCUCUCUCUGUAUCUAAUAUAUCUUCUGGAACAUUACAAGAAAAUCCUGAGCCAGACCCAGGAACUUCAGGUCCAAGUGAGCACUUCUCGGGAAACUCAACAGUCUCUGGAGCAGGAGUACCUGGCCGAGAAGGAGAAGCUGAACAAAGAGAAGCUGGAACAAGAAGAGAAGCUAAAAGUCAAAAUUCAGCAGCUAGCGGAAGAGAAGAAGGCUUUGGAGGAGAGCAUCACGCAGGAGAAACACAGAGCGCAGGAGGCCCUGGAGAAGGCGCAGACUCGAAUUCGUGAUCUGGAGGGCCACUUGGCCUGUCAAAAGGAGAUCUUGGAGGACAGUGUGGCCCAUGAGAAAAGAAAAUUGCGGGAAGCGCUGGAGGCAGAAAGGAGGAAGACACAAGACCUGGAGAACCAGCUGACCCAGCAGAAGGAGAUCGCAGAGAGCAUCACCUUUGAGAGACUCAAAAUGCGAGACACCUUAGAGAAGGAAAAGAGGAGAAUCCAGGACCUGGAGAACCACCUGACCAAGCAAAGAGAGGAAAUAGAAUCGAAGGGACAAAAAGAGGACAUCUUAAAUAAUAAAUUAAACGACGCCCUGGCCAUGGUAGAGGAGGCUGAAGGAAUGAAGACAGCCGAGAGCCGCAAAGCCGAGACCCUUGCCCUCAAGUUAGGCGAAACAAUAGCCGAGCUUGAAAAGACCAAGACAAAAAUGAUCAUGAUGGAGGAUCGACUGAGGCUGCAGCAGCAGUCGAUACAGGCAAUGCAGGAUGAGCGGGAAUCCCAGAAGCACGGCUUCGAGGAGGAAAUCACGGUGUACAAAGAACAAAUCAGACAGCACUCGCAGACCAUCGUGAGCCUGGAGGAGAGGCUCUGCCAAGUGACUCAGCACCACAGGAAAAUAGAAGGAGAGAUUGCAACGUUAAAAGACAAUGAACCAGCUCAAAAGGAGAAGGUACCCAAAGAGCCCGCAGCAGGACCCACGCCGGACAGCAGUGCCAAAGAAAUAGCGUGUGACCAUCUGAUAGAUGACUUACUGGCUGCUCAGAAGGAAAUCCUGUCUCAGCAGGAGAUCAUCAUGAGGCUGAGAACAGAUCUCAGUGAAGCCCAUGGCCGCAUGUCAGACCUGAGAGGGGAGCUAAGUGAGAAGCAGAAGAUGGAGCUGGAGCGACACGUGUCCCUGGUGCAACAGCAGAACAACGAACUGAGCAUGCUCAAAGUGAAGGUGGCACAGACAAGUGGCCUGGUGGAGAAGAAAGACAGGGAACUGAAGGUCCUCAGGGAGGCGCUCAGGGCUUCCCAUAGACCCCACCUGAGCACGGAGCAGAAGCCAAGGACUCCGACCCCCAAGUGUGACAUCUCCCUGCAGAUAGAACCAGUGCAUCAGGAUACAUUCUCCAGUCUCCAAGAGGAGCAGUCCUUCAGUGACCUGGGGGCCAAGUGCAAAGGGUCUCGGCACGAGGAAGUCAUCCAGCGCCAGAGAAAGGCCUUGUCAGAACUCCGGAUACGAAUCAAAGAACUGGAGAAGGCCAACUCCUCCAAUCAUAAGGACCAUGCGAAUGAAUCGUUCCUAGAACUAAAGACUCUCAGAAUGGAAAAAAAUGUACAGAAAAUACUAUUAGACGCAAAGCCUGACUUGACAACUCUCUCAAGAAUAGAGAUCCGAUCGCCUCAGAAUGGCCUUUUCAGCUCGACCUCCAACUUGGCCGUUGAGAAGUCCAUGAAAACAGAUGCUGCAGAAGCCUUAGAACUCAGCGAGAAGCUGUACAUAGACAUGAGCAAGACGCUUGGCAGCCUGAUGAACAUCAAGGACAUGUCCGGCCAUGUGAACUUGAAACACCUCUCGCCCAAAGAGCGUGAGCGGAUCAACCACCUCCGGCAGAAGGACCUGGACCUGGUGUUUGAUAAGAUCACUCAGCUCAAGAACCGACUUCAGAGGAAAGAGGAACUCCUGCGAGGAUGCGAGCUGGAACUGGAGCAGCUCAGGCAGAGCAAAGUGUCCAUCCAGAUGUACCAGGCACAGGUGGCAAAGUUGGAGGAUGACGUCUACAAAGAAACGGAGGAGAAGGCGCUGCUGAAGGAGGCCCUGGAGCGCACAGAGCAGCAACUGUACCAGGAAAGGAGGCUGAACAGGGCCUUCAGGCAGCAGAAGGAUCGAGUCGAGGCUCAAGAGAAAAGAGAGGCGUCCUGCAGCCAUCCCUUCAAAGACAAUGAGAGGCAGAGACGCAUAUUUGUAGAGGUGGUCAAGAGAAAGAUGCAGACCUCCAGUCUCCAGGUUGGAAGCAAGAAAAUCACCCAGAAGACAGGCCAAGAAAAAGAGACGAAAAAGGAGGCGUGCAAGUCUAGCCAGAGUCUGUCGUUCGUUAAGCCGGGUAGAAAGAACUAG